ACCGGUAGGCCUAGUUUCCAGGCUGCGGUCGCGGUGGCGAGGCAUGGAGCCUCUGCGUGUCUUGGACCUGUAUAGUGGCAUUGGUGGCAUGCACCACGCGCUGCGAGAAAGCUGUAUCCCCGCACACGUGGUGGCUGCUAUUGAUGUGAAUACUGUUGCUAAUGAAGUAUACAAGCAUAAUUUUCCUCACACACAUUUACUGGCAAAGACUAUUGAAGGUAUUUCACUGGAAGAGUUUGACAAGCUAUCUUUCAAUAUGAUUUUAAUGAGCCCUCCAUGUCAGCCAUUCACAAGAAUUGGCCUACAGGGGGAUAUGACUGAUCCAAGGACAAAUAGCUUCUUGUACAUUCUAGAUAUUCUCCCAAGAUUGCAGAAAUUACCCAAGUAUAUUCUUCUAGAAAAUGUUAAAGGUUUUGAAGUAUCAUCUACAAGAGAGCUGCUGAUACAAACAAUGGAAGCCUGUGGUUUUCAGUAUCAAGAGUUUCUGUUAUCUCCUUCCUCUCUUGGUAUUCCAAACUCGAGGCUACGAUAUUUUCUCAUUGCAAAGCGUCAGUCAGAGCCUUUACCUUUUCAGGUCCCUGGUCAGAUACUGAUGGAGUUUCCUACAAGUGCAACUAUGCAGCCACAAAACUGUUCAGUAGUUGCAGAAAAUAAACUACGAGAGGAGAGUCCUGAACCAAGCACCUGCUUUGGUAGCAGCAGCACACAGCGUUCAGGAAAAGAUACCAUUCUUUUUAAGCUUGAAACCGCAGAAGAAAUGGACAGGAAGCACCAGCAGGACAGCGACCUCUCUGUGCAGAUGCUGAAAGAGUUUCUUGAAGAUGAUGACCCAAGCCAGUACCUUUUACCACCAAAGUUAUUGCUGCGAUAUGCUCUUCUAUUGGAUAUCGUGAGGCCCACGUCCAGGAGGUCCAUGUGCUUUACCAAAGGGUAUGGAAGCUACAUUGAAGGGACAGGCUCAGUGUUACAGACUGCAGAGGAUGUUCAGAUUGAGAAUGUCUUCAAAUCUCUUAAUAAUUUGCCCCCGGAAGAAAAGAUAGCUAAGUUGUCAACGCUCAAACUGCGAUAUUUCACACCUAGAGAAAUUGCAAAUCUGCAGGGAUUUCCUCCAGAAUUUGAGUUUCCCGAGAAGAUAACGGUGAAGCAGCGGUACCGGCUUCUUGGCAACAGUCUCAAUGUGCAUGUGGUGGCCAAACUCCUCACAGUCCUGUGUGAAUCAUUUGGAAGUUCCUCCAGUUCUAGACAGUGAUUCUCAAAUUCUAUUUUGAGCAAAUUUGUAUAAAAUUUAAAUUAGUUUCAUAGUAUUUUAAUUGGAAACUUAUGUAAUGCACGUCAAAUUGUUUUCUUAAAUGUAUAUUACCGUAUCCCCAAAACUCACUUUGUUGUUUUGCCCUAUGGGCAAAUAUUUUUAUAAAGUUUUUAAGUAUGUGUAUGAAAUAUGUUUCACAUGCUACAAAUUAAGAAUGUUUAAACUUUUAUAUCUAUUUUAGUACUUUAUAUAGUAUGACAUGAAUAAUAUAAUGAUCUUUAGAAAAUCA